GCCAUGUUUGGUGCACUUUAAAUAGAGUUUAUGGACAGCCUGCAGUUCUGACCUGUAGCUUUCUCACGUUUAACCAACCUUAAAAAUAAUCUUGUGCACAUAAGCCAACUGAUACAAUGGGGCAUUUGCGGUUUCCUGCAUUUCAUCUGGUGAUCUUGUACACUACUGUUGUGCAGAUAACUGAAGAGCUGAUACACGUGAGCAUGUUUCCUGAAGCUGCAGAUUACUCAUUUUACAGUUGUCGGAAAGAGAUGCUGCAUAUGGUCACAAAAGCUGGAGGUUUGCUGCAGACAGAGCUUAACAAUAAUACAGCUUUUAUGGAAAUGUGGAAAGGUAGCACAACAUGUGAGGCCAUUCCAAAUGGUACAACGGAGCACACGACUGCCCUGGAGAGAUAUGUUAAAGCUGAUCCGGAAUUUCAUAAAACAUUUAAAAAGUUGGUUCACACCAAAAGCAGGGUCAAUUCAACUUACCAAGAUAUGUUUCCUUUCAAAUCUCUUUUCUUCCUGCUCACAGAUGCCAUGCAACUCUUGAAAAGCAAUUGUAAAACAGUGUACUCUGCUGCAGAGGAGAAAUAUAACUUCAACACAGGGGACAAAGUACGUUUUGAGAGUUUUUUUCCAGCGAACCUGGAAUAUAGUGCUGCAACCGAAGAAACAGCAACUUUUGAAACCACUGGGACUGUUUUCAAUAUCAAUUCCUGUUCUGUGAUCAACCUUGAUGAAGUGUGUAGGCCUACAUCAGAGGAUAUAGAACUUCUAAUAUCACCCACUGAAGUUUUCACAGUUGGGGAUAUCAAGACUGUUAGUACUAAUGAUGACGAUUUUAUAGAGAUCCGCUUAAUGCAUUCACAUAUGUACAGCUCCUCCAACUGCAGUAGCCUUAUCAGCAUGUCUAAAGAUUCUAAAGAAUCAUCUUCAAGUUUCCUGAGUUCCAGUUCCCUGAGUGUGAUGGCUUCUUUACUCAUGAUGUACUUCUACAUGCCGACUCUAUGAAAUACUCUGUAUGUUCGCAAAAAUUGCACAUUUGCAUUUUUGCGAAAAUGCAACUCAUGUGAAAAAAAGUAAAAGCGGCAAUCUUUUUUUUUUUUUUUUAGAGAAUUUUAUAAACACAUUCAGUUUUCUUGGCUUAAAAGGAAGAAUUUAUCACAAUAAUAGAUUACAUUCACUCAAAAAAUAAUAUGUUGGCUUUAAUUAAUUUUAUUUCGUCAACGGGUUCCACUUAACUGGAUUAUGUUAAAAAAACAUAAUUUGUUCAUAUAACUUCAACAUCAUGAAAUUAA